UUCACCUUGAUCGCCAUUUGUUGUGUGAAAUCUUUAAGAGAAUGUCGAAGCCAACGUUGUAUUACGCCCUUUUUAGCCCUCCAGCCAGGGCCUGCAUCCUGAUAGCCAAGCUAAUUGGUCUGGAUGUGGACCUUAAACCCGUUGAUUUCUCGAAGAAGGAGCACCUGAGCGAGGAGUUUGUUAAGCUGAACCCCCAGCACCAGAUUCCUGUGCUCGUGGACAGCGAUGGUGAGGUUUACGUGGACAGUCACGCCAUCGUGUGCUUCUUGGUGUCCAAAUACGCCGAGAACGACAAGCUGUAUCCGAAGGAUCUGAAGAGGCGAGCCCACAUAGACCAUCGCAUGCACUACGAGAACGGGGUGCUCUUCCAGGUGAUUAAGGACAUUGUGGCGCGAAACAUUUACGGUGGAGAGGGGGAGUUCAAUCCCCGAUCUUUGACCCUCUGCCAGAACGCCUACUCCGAUUUGGAGCACUUCCUGCAGAAAGGAAGUUUUGUGGUGGGCAGCGAACUUAGCGUGGCCGAUGUGUCCAUCCACACCACGCUGGUGACCUUGGAUUUGCUCAUCCCAGUGGAGCGGGAGAAGUAUCCACAGACAAAGGACUGGAUGGAACGCAUGAAUAAACUGUUGCCGGACAACGAGGAGAUCAAUCUCAAGGGUGCCCGGUUCCUGGAGACCCGCAUCCUGAGUUGCAUGGCCGAGAACAAGGCCAAGAGUCAGUAGAUUCUCCCUUAAUUAGGACCUCUCUUCUGGCUCUGGACUGACAGAAUUUCUUAUAUGUUAUAUUGUUUUUAUGUAUCAAUCUUUGACUCGAAAGUAUACUCUUAACUUGUUAUAUUGUCAGUUAAAUUAAAAUAAAUUAGAACAUUUAUGUUAAAGCAAAAUAUCUCGAAUUAAAGCGCAUAUCGGAACUGGAA